GUUAUUACACCCAUACUGAUAUGUCGGCUAAAGCUGUCAGCGAACUCUCAGGAAAAGAGGUUUUGUACAAAUAUUUCGAGUCGACCGGAAUUGUCAGUGCCCCACAUGCUUUUCACGUGAAGGCCGGAGAUAAGUUUUCUGACGUCGCCGCCAAGUACGAAUGGCUUGCACAAGACAACAAGGGUGUUAUCAAGCCGGAUCAGCUUAUCAAGCGUCGUGGAAAGCUCGGUCUUGUUAAGAUUGGGUCUCCUAAAGAGCUGGAAGCUUGGUUCGGCAAGACGGCAAACAGUUAUGUGAAAGUUGGCCAAACGGAGGGAAGAUUGCACACGUUUAUUGUUGAGCCGUUUUGUGCUCAUACUGAAAAUGAAGAAAUGUACAUCGCGAUCUACAGCGAACGCUGUCGCGAUGUUAUUAUGUUCUAUGAGCAGGGAGGAGUUGAUAUUGGAGACGUCGAGGAAAAGGCCAGAUCAGUCCAUGUUCCAGUUCAACUUGAUGACAAUGCUAUGUCAAUUUCGGAGAGAGAACUAGGCGUGCUUCUCGGGCCAUGUAGUGAUAAGGAUGAUAUCCGAAAGUUCGUUCGCAGCUUAUACGAAGCCUACAAAGCUCUUCACUUCACAUACUUGGAGAUCAAUCCGUUUGUUCUCACCAAUGGCAAGAUUCAUAUUUUGGACUUGGCUGCAAAGCUUGACGAGACUGCCAGUUUUCUGUGCUCGGAUAAAUGGAGCGGUCGGAAUGCUUCUGCACGAAUCGCUCCGACUCUGGAGUUCCCGGCACCAUUUGGACGUGAUUUGACUUCGGAGGAGCAAUACAUUUCUGAUAUGGAUGCGAAGACUGGAGCAUCUUUGAAGCUGACUAUUCUUAACAGAAAGGGACGCGUAUGGACCAUGGUGGCUGGUGGAGGAGCAUCAGUUGUGUUUACCGAUACUGUUUGUGAUCUUGGAGGAUCAUCUGAACUUGCUAACUACGGAGAAUAUUCUGGAGAUCCAUCGGAAGCUCAAACUUACGAGUACGCCAAGACUAUUUUAUCCGUCAUGACAGAAGGUGCUCCACGUCCUGAUGGUAAGGUUCUCAUCAUUGGUGGAUCCAUUGCUAACUUCACAAAUGUCGCAAAAACAUUCGGAGGAAUCGUUCGUGCGUUCGAAACUUUCAUUGAUAAGCUCAAGGAACAUAAUGUUUCCAUCUACGUUCGACGUGGUGGUCCGAACUACCAAGAAGGACUGCGACGUGUCAAGGAUGCUGCCACAAAACUAGAAAUUCCGAUUUAUGUAUUUGGACCGGAAACUCAUAUGACUGCAAUUGUCGGAGCUGCGCUCGGAUUGAAGCCAAUGCCAACAGUCCCGACGGCUCCUCAAACCACCGGACAAUUUUUGUUGAGCCCAGAAAGAAACACUGCAGGCACGGAACGUCCUCCAGCAUCUCCAGCUCCGAACACUUCCACAAUCGAACAUCCUCUCGCCAAGAGGCACCCUCUUCAUCAAAGCUUGUUCGAGAACGACACAAAGGCUAUCAUUUGGGGACAACAACACAAAGCUAUUCAAGGAAUGCUUGAUUUCGAUUUUGUUUGCAGAAGACACUCCCCAUCAGUCGUCGCUUCAACCUAUCCGUUCACUGGAGACAACAAGCAAAAGUAUUAUUUCGGACAGAAAGAAAUCCUUAUUCCUGCUUACAAAUCUAUGGCAAAAGCUUUCGCGAGUCAUCCAGAUGCCACUGUCAUGGUCACGUUCGCGUCGAUGCGUUCAGUUUUUGAAACUGUUCUGGAGGCUCUUCAAUUUACACAAAUCAAGGUUAUCGCAAUUAUUGCCGAAGGAGUUCCAGAAAAUCAAACAAGAAAAUUGCUUAAAAUUGCUGAAGAUAAGGGUGUUACCUUAAUUGGUCCUGCUACUGUUGGAGGAAUCAAGCCAGGAUGUUUCAAGAUCGGAAAUACCGGAGGAAUGAUGGAUAAUAUUCUUGCUUCGAAACUUUAUCGUCCUGGAAGUGUCGCUUACGUGUCCCGCUCAGGAGGAAUGUCGAACGAGCUCAACAACAUUAUUUCACAGAAUACCAACGGAGUUUACGAAGGAAUUGCUAUCGGAGGGGAUCGCUAUCCAGGAAGUACGUACACCGACCACGUUAUGAGAUAUCAACACGAUGAUCGUGUUAAGAUGAUUGUCCUCCUUGGAGAAGUUGGAGGUAUAGAAGAAUAUCGUAUUGUCGAGCUAUUGAAAGAAAAGAAAAUCACGAAGCCUCUCAUUGCUUGGUGCAUUGGAACAUGUGCAGAUCACAUUACUUCAGAAGUUCAGUUCGGUCAUGCUGGAGCUUCUGCAAAUGGACAAGGAGAAACUGCUGCAUGCAAAAAUACAGCUCUUCGUACUGCUGGUGCUUUGGUUCCAGAUUCGUUUGACGACCUCGGAAACAAGAUUCGUCAGACUUAUGAAGAAUUGCUUCGACUUGAAAUCAUCGUUCCACAGCCGGAAGUUCCACCACCUGCAGUUCCAAUGGACUAUGCCUGGGCUCGGGAACUCGGGCUUAUUCGCAAACCAGCUUCCUUCAUGACCUCUAUUUGUGACGAACGCGGAGAAGAAUUGAACUAUGCUGGCGUCCCAAUCACCAAAGUCCUCGAGUCGGAUAUGGGAAUCGGUGGAGUUCUAGGCUUGCUGUGGUUCCAGAAACGUCUCCCUCCACAUGCCAACAAGUUCAUAGAGAUCUGUUUGAUGCUCACUGCUGAUCACGGACCAGCAGUUUCUGGUGCUCAUAAUACUAUCGUCUGUGCUCGCGCUGGAAAGGACUUGAUAUCUUCUCUCACAUCUGGACUCCUCACCAUCGGUGACCGAUUCGGAGGUGCUCUCGAUGGAGCUGCUCGUCAAUUCUCUGAGGCUUUCGAUCAAGGGUGGUCUCCAAAUCAGUUUGUCGGAGAAAUGCGCAAACGUGGAACUCAUAUUAUGGGUAUCGGCCAUCGUGUCAAGAGCAUCAAUAACCCUGAUAAGCGUGUCGAGAUUCUCAAGAGAUUUGCUUUGAACAAAAAGGAGUUUGCUCAAGAAACACCACUUCUCGAUUAUGCUCUGGAAGUUGAGAAGAUCACCACUGCCAAGAAGCCAAACCUCAUUCUAAAUGUUGAUGGAGCUAUUGCCAUCAUCUUCGUCGACAUCUUGCGCAACAGUGGGAUGUUCACAACAGCUGAAGCUCAAGAAGUUAUCGAGAUAGGUGCUCUGAAUGGAAUGUUUGUGCUCGGUCGCUCCAUCGGAUUCAUCGGACAUUAUUUGGACCAAUCACGACUCAAACAAGGACUCUACCGUCAUCCUUGGGAUGACAUUUCAUACAUCAUGCCAGAGAGAAACUUGUGAAUUUGAUUAUCACUUCCCCCACUUCACCCUAUUCACUUACCUUUUUAAUGCAUCCCAAAAUUGCCAAAAGUAGGAAUAAACUGUACAUUGA